GAGCAGUAUCCCAACUGUGUAAGAUUACGACCCAUAACAAAACCGACACUUUCUAAACCAUGCAGAUAAUCUUCUUAAUCCAUAACUUAAACCCGAAACGUCCAACGUAAAAGUAUUAGAUUACAUUAUUACGAGAGAGAUGUCGAGUUCAUAACGGUUGUUAUUAGCGUGCGUGUGUAAGCUUACGGGGAGUUAGAACAGUGUAAUUGUCAGAGAGGAAUUAAUGGAAAGCAGAGAGAGAAAGACAGAAGAUAAAACAUGAAGAGAAAAAACAUUAAAGAUGAGGCCCAGUACAACUAUAACUGCCAGGCUCAGGGGUUCCUUGGAGUAGCAAUUAAGACUUUCUCUCUCCUCCAUUUUUUUUUCUUCCUUCUUCUGCUAGAUCUUCUUCACCUCCCAACCCAACAACAAUAUCAGAAAAAUAAAAAAAAAUGUAAUACAAAUUAGAAAUUAGUAUGGUUUUUUAAGCAGAAAAGUUGGGAUUCAUUUCAUUUCUUUGCUUUCUAUAUUGAGACCAAAAAGAUGAAAAUGGAAAGCAGACAUCAUCAUAAAAUGUUCACCCUUACAAUGAUGACAAUAAUGGUGUUCAUCAUUGUUAUUACAUAUCAUAACAUGGGAAGCAGCAUUUUAAUGGUGAAUGCUUCCUGGCAAGAAGCAGAGGGUUUACGAUUUUACGACGAACGAGGUGAUUACAAGAUUAGAGCCAUAUCUAGGGAGGAUAAUACUGCAGUACUGGAAAAGUUCAGGGCUUUACUUGGGUUAAGAACCUUUAAAAACAAAGUGAAACGAAGAGAGUAUGAUGAGUCACCUGCACCGUCUCCAUCACCAAAUACAAUCGAAGCUGAAGCUCCAGCACCAGCUCCGGUUCCUGCACAAGCGCCGGCUAUCCAUACACGCUUGCAUCAUCUCCACCAUCAUCACCAUCACCAGUCACCCCGGCCUCGGCCAAUGCUGCCAGUACACAAGCUUGACAAUGAUCAGCAACAAGGAAAUGGAACAAAAAAGAUAGUUACAGUUGCAGUAGUAGUUCCUACAGGAGUGGUGGUAUUGGUUUUUGCUCUUGGAGUUUUACUAUGGUUUAGUAAGAGGACGUACCGCCAUAAGAAGGUUGCUACUGGAACGGCUUCGGUAUGUAGCGACCAUGGAGGGGAUAGAGAGAGAUCAAAGAGCGUAACAACAGAAAAUUUAGCAAGGAAGGUAACCCAAGAACUUAACUCUGAUUUGUUUUACAUUGACACUUUAACAUCUGUUCUUGAACCGCAAACGUGUUUGAGAGGAAGUCCUGAUUGUUUCGAGAAAUCGAUAAUGGGAAGCAAGGGUAGUACAUCAUACGAGAGAAAGCAUUCAGAAUAUGAAACCAUACAGAUUGAGUCUAAGGAGAGCAGUUCAUUGGCUGAAGAGAUUAUAUCAGUUCAUGAGUAUACAGGAUCAAGCAGAUAUGAAUCUGAUGAUCAGAAUUCUAUGAAUGCUGAUAUGAUGGAUGGCAUUGAUAAACAUUCAUCCGAGGAUGAAUCGUUUCAUUCUUUGUGUGAUUCGCGUUCAUCUAGUAAUCUUAAUAUUAGGCUUUCUAAUGUGUCAUAUGGUAGCUUUGGUGAUCCGGUGGAAAUUUUCUCCCCAAACCAUAGUUUACCAGCAAACCCUCAUAAAUUACCUUUAUCCGACCAAGAGCAGCCAGCUCAUAACAUAGAAAAUGCUCUAAAUGGACUGCAAGACUACAGACAGCCAACACCAUCUCCACCGCCUCCCCCUACAGCUCCUCCUCCUCCACCGCCACCACCUCCACCUCCGCCCCUGUUUGCACACGUUUUUCCUUCAUUCAAAGCUUCUAAAUCUUCCAAGGUGGUACAUACUUCAUCAUCAGAAUCACAGCAGACCAAUGAAAAGGGCUUAGCUUCACCACCACAAACUCCAGAUAUUCUAAAUGGUCCACGAAAUAUUCCACCUCCACCAUGUCCACCACCAUUCCUUAAUGGAAAGGCCAGCUCAUCAAAAGGUCCCCCUCCACCACCUGGGCCACCUCCUCCAUUCACGCCACUAGGGAAAGAUGGUUCUCCACUGCCGAAACUGAAACCAUUACACUGGGACAAAGUUCGAGCUGCACCAGAUCGAUCUAUGGUGUGGGACCAGCUACGGUGUAGCUCAUUCGAGUUGGAUGAGGAGAUGAUAGAAUCUCUAUUUGGCUACAACCUAAAGAAUGUACUUAACAAUGAUGAAGGAAAAAGCAAAAGUCCCUCACCAAGCAAACAUGUCCUUGAGCCGAAAAGACUCCAGAACAUAACCAUACUCUCUAAAGCUCUGAAUGCCACAUCUGAGAAGGUGUGUGAAGCACUAAAACAAGGGGAAGGCUUGAGCUCGCAACAACUCGAGGCUCUGGUAAAGAUGGCACCAACAGAAGAAGAAGAAACGAAGCUAUCCAAUUACAAGGGAGACAUCAAUGAACUUGGAUCAGCAGAGAAGCUAGUUAAAGAAAUACUGACAGUACCUAAUGCCUUGCAAAGGAUUGAAGCAAUGCUUUAUAGAGCCACCUUUGAUGACGAGGUUGUUCACCUGAGGAAUUCAUUCCAAGUACUCGAGGAAGCCUGCAAAGAGCUGAGGUCAAGCAGGCUCUUCUUAAAAUUACUAGAGGCUGUGCUAAAAACAGGAAAUAGAAUGAAUGUUGGAACAAGCAGAGGAGGAGCCAAAGCAUUUAAGCUUGACGCACUCCUUAAGCUGGCAGAUGUCAAAGGCACAGACGGGAAAACUACAUUGCUCCAUUUUGUGGUACAAGAGAUGAUACGUUCGGAGGGAAUUCGAAUGUCAAACAGCAUUAUGGGGAAGAUAGACCGACACACAAAGAGCAGAACAGUAGAGGAAAAGGAAGACAAUUACAGAAGGAUGGGUCUAGAACUUGUGUCUGGUCUGAGCACUGAACUUUGCAAUGUGAAAAGAACAGCAUCGAUAGACUUGGAUGUUCUAGCAACAUCAGUUUCAAAUCUAUCAGAUGGAAUGUCUAAGUUGCAGCAGUUGGUAAACAAAAAUUUGGCUCACACAGAAACAAAUGGCAAUUUUGUCCAUGCCAUGAAGGCCUUCUUAAACCAUGCAGAGAAUAACUUGAAGGAGUUACAAGCUGAGGAAAACAACGUCCUGAUUAGUGUACGAGAAAUCACAGAAUACUACCAUGGUGAUGUGAGUAAGGAUGAGGCUAACCCUCUUCGAAUCUUUGUUAUUGUGCGGGAUUUCCUGGGAAUGUUAGAUCAAGUAUGCAGAGAGCUAAAAAGCUUGAAAAUACCAAGAGCCCCAAAUCCUUUGGCUCCAUUUCGGUAAAUAAAACAGUUUGGUUUGCCUUCAGAGUUGAUAGGCUAUCAACAACAUUUGCUUGUUAGUUAGGGGUUUGGAGUGCUUAGAUAUGAGUUGAUUCCACCAGAUUGUGUAAUGAUAUUAAUAACUAAUAUGACAUGAGAACAACAGAUCAAGUGUGUUUUUGGCUAUAACUACAAAAGAAAGAAAUUAGUCUAACAGCAAUGUUGACCACCAAGUAGUCUGUAAAGCACCAUCUAUCAGUAACAUUUCCAAUUGUAGAGCAAGACAUUAUUUUUGUUGUAUGCAAGCAAGGCUACAACCUAUACUUCAUACCACUCGCUCUUUUGCUGACCAAAUCCAUCUUCUUGCCUUGUUUUGUCUCACAUUCAAUGAUCAACCUUUAAUGACACUGAGCACCCUUCUCACAAUUUACUCUAGUACCCACCUUUUCUAAUUCACCAAGAGUUUCAUACACACUAAAAAUAUGUCAGACGAGGUAAGAAGGGCAAGUAACUGAGAUGCGAUAUCCAUAUAAUCCGUAUGAUAAUACAUUUUUUGACCCAUAUCUUCUUCGGCUAUCAUCCAACAAGUAUCUCAGAUUCAUAAAGAGCUAUAAUUAUCCUCCAUUCCAACUAUAAAUAACUACACAGUUCAUCAAUCUCCAUAUUUUCUCAAAAUCUCAACAGAAACCUCAUCCAUCCCAAGUACUGCAAGCUUAAUUGAUACCCCAAAAAAAUCUGCUUUCAAGAUUACUCAACCAAGGGCAACUAUAGAAAAAAUUCAUCUCAUAAUAACUUCAAAUAAACCCAUUUCCCAUUUCAGAAUCCAAACUGCUUUACCUUGAAUUCAACAAAUAUAGACCCAGCAAAACAAUUUGACAAAACACCCUCUAAAAUUAAACCAUUCCCAGAUUAAACUACACAUCCCAGAAUUUUAUAAUCCAAUCAAACACUAUGCACAUUGCACAUAUCAUAUUAGGCCUGAAUUGCACAAGUAUGCAUGUCAAGAUAAAAUAAAUCAGCACAUUUAAAAGAAAAAAAUCACCAUAUAAUGUUGUAUCGAAGAAAACCCACUAAGGCAAGAAUAAGUUCUGAUACAAUAAACCAACAAAAAUCACCAUAUUAUUAAAAACCCAAGUUUGAAUUACAAAUAAAAAAAGGGAUAGAAGUAUAAAACCCUUGAUUAAGAAGAAGAAAAUGUUCCGGCAGGAAGCUCCUUGACAAGAGCAGCAAGAGCUUCUGGGUUGAAACCCAAUUCAGAGAGGGCGAUUAGGAGAGAGAUUGUGUGACGAUCAAGUUCUGUAUUUAAGAUGCUUGA